AUGAAUCCCGGGAUAAAAACGACGUCGGCCAAGGACAAACUUGCCUCCAAGUGGAACAAACCUGACUCAAACGCAGUGAUCGUGGAUGUGGACUGCACCACGGACGAUGCCAAAGACCUGUGUAACAAAUAUGGGGUGCAGGGCUAUCCCACAUUGAAGUACUUCAGCCCCACGACCUCAAAGGAUGGCGAUGUAUAUGAGGAUGCACGUGAUCUCAAGGCCAUGAACAAAUUUGUGAAGAGGGCCUCUAAAUUGCCCUGCGUUCCAGACUCCGGCGAGAACUGUGACAAGAAGGAUACGGCCUACAUCGAGGAGAUCAAAGAUAUGACUCCCGAGAGCCUGCAGGAAGCGAAGAGUAAGAUGCAAAAGGAGCUGGAUGACUUGGAGGCCGACUACCAGGCCUCCAGCGCUCUCUUCGAAAAGCAGAAGGAGGAGGCCAUGGCGACCAUGAAAAGGUCCGAGGACCUUAAGAAGUCUUUGAGCAAGCUCAGGGACAAGACAGGAUACAAGAUCGCAAUCCUCAAGGCAAAGACCAGCGAGAAAAGUGAGCUUUAG